UUCAAACAAAAAUGAAUAAACAUUUCGCUGACUGAAUGCCUUUUGCUUGUUUCUGUUCAACUUGGGUUGCUUGGAAUCAGUUUCGUGAGGAACGCGUUCGUGUUGGGUUGUUGUUCGGUUUGCAGGUGCCGUUGCAAGACCACUUUCUUUGAGAGUUUAUCCCAGGUUUUUGGUUCUCGGUUCUCUUGUUGUGCAAAAGUGGAAGUUGCACUUUUCGCAGCCAAUUUAAAUAGAAUUUGCCAAACGGAAAUGAAUGAAAGUGUUGAGAAAUUGAAGAGAAGUGUUGAAAUCUAGUGGUUUUCAGUGAGAUGCGGUGGUUGUGAUUGAAAGAAAGUGCUUCUGGUCGCUAGAGAAAGGAUUAACAUUUCGGACCUAGGCGUUCGCCUACACUGUCCAUCGCACAACAAAACAUGGCUGUUCCUAUCAUAUUCGGGGGCCGCCUGGGCUCGACACCGGAUAAGGGAGUUGCGGAUAUGACAGCAAUAUCGGAUAUUGAUGAAAACGGAAUUAAUCGUAAUUUGAAAAUUCGAUAUCAGGAGGACAAAAUAUACACAUACACAGGUUCAAUAUUGGUGGCCGUUAAUCCUUAUAAGGAAAUUGAUUGCUAUACUACGGAAUACGUUUUCAAAUACCACGGACAAAAGUUGGGGGUGUUAGAGCCACAUGUCUUCGCAUUAGCCGAAGCUGCCUACAGAAACAUAAAGGACACAGAUAGGAAUCAGUCAUGUGUUAUAUCCGGCGAAUCGGGAGCAGGAAAAACGGAAACAACAAAGUUCAUUCUUCAGUAUCUUUGUACGGUGACAUGCGAUGUAUCGACAUGGGUGCAGCAGCAGAUACUCGAAGCUAACACCAUACUGGAAGCCUUCGGUAAUGCGAAAACGAUACGCAACGACAACAGUUCCCGCUUCGGUAAAUUCAUGCAGGUUUGCUUCGACCCUAAAUGGUGCAUCAAGGGGUGCAUAAUCCAAGAUUAUCUCCUGGAGCAAUCACGAAUCACCCACCAAAGUCCCGGUGAACGCAACUACCAUGUCCUCUAUCAACUGGUGGCCGAAGGGAAAAACAACAAGGAAUUGGCGACAGCAUUACAUCUCAAGGAUCCAUCAUUCUACCGAUAUCUGAAUGCAUCUGGGAAUGUGGAAAUCGAUAUCCCGGCCGAGGCGAAACGAUUCGAGGCGCUCCGUUUAGCCUUCACCGUCUUACAAAUCCAACAACCCAUUAUCGAUGGGAUUUUCAAAGUACUAAGUGCAAUUCUAUGGCUUGGUAAUUUGGAUUUUCAAGAUAUUGAUGGCGAGCGAUGUGAACUGACACCAACCGAUAAGGAUAACUUGGCCAUUGUGGCAACGUUGCUGGGACUGAAGGAGAGCGACGUGCAGCAAGUUUGUUUGCUGAGGCAGAUUAACGUUCGUGGCAACAUCACGGAGAUACCAUUAAAAGUUCAAGAGGCUCGUGAAAAUCGCCAUGCAAUGGCUAAGGCACUUUACUCCCGCACAUUUGCAUGGCUCAUUAGUCAAAUUAAUGCUUGCAUAAAUCCCGGCCAGGACUCAACGCGAUUCUUAGGUGUCCUGGAUAUAUUUGGCUUUGAAAAUUUCGCAGUGAAUUCGUUUGAACAACUUUGCAUCAACUACACCAACGAGAAGCUUCAUAAAUUCUUCAACCACUACGUUUUCGCCUUGGAGCAAGAGAUCUACAAACUAGAGGAAAUCAAAUACUCUCAUAUUGAGUUCACGGACAACACCCUUUGUCUGGAGCUAAUUGAGAAACCUCCCCGAUGUAUACUGAAACUACUCACGGAACAAUGUCAUAUGCCUAAAGGAUCAGACACCGCUUACUUAACAAAUUUACAUGCCGAAUUCGAGGGAAACGCGAAAUAUGUUAAAGGUGUUGAUCGCCGACAUUGGGAGUCUGAAUUCGGAAUCAAACACUACGCCGGCUGUGUACUGUAUACUGUGAAAGGAUUCGUCGAUAAGAACCGUGAUGUGCAACAGGAUGUUCUCUUCGAUUUUAUGAGCCGAAGUGAGAAUACUUUCGUUCAAGAGUUGUCAUCGUAUCAGGAUUUGCUAUCUAUACAAGCACAAAAUCAGAUGACCACCAGUGUAGCUACUGUUCAAAGAGGCACCUCGAAGGGCAAACUAACCGUGAGUGAUACCUUCCGACAACAGCUGCAAGCUCUAGUCGAUGUUCUACAAAGUACAAACCCAUGGUAUGUUAGAUGUAUUAAACCAAAUUCGCACAAAUUACCAAACGACUAUAACGAUCAGCUAGUCUUAGAUCAACUUAGAUACUUAGGAAUGUUAGAUAUAAUACGGAUACGUCGUGAAGGCUUCCCAAUACACGUUACUUUUGAUGAAUUCGUGGCGAAAUAUCAAUGUCUAACCAAACGCAAAGGUGUAAAAUCGAAUCGUGAGCAAGUCAUGGCUGUGAUAAAAGAACUCAAUGUUCCCGAGACCGAAUGGCAAAUUGGUAAAACCAAAGUUUUCCUGAGAAGUCGAGUCUACGAACCAUUGGAGGAUGCACGUAACCAAAUCAUCAAUUCGAAGGCUGCGAUUAUACAGAAGAACUGGAGACGUUACAGAGACAUGAAGAAGUAUCGAAGAACUCGCAAUGCUGCCUUGAAAAUACAACACGCCUACAAGGGGUGGAAGCUGCGAAUCGAAUUCCUGCGUAAGCGACGAGCCGCGAUUGUUAUUCAGAGCCAUUUGAGGGGAGCGUUUGCAAGGGAGGUUGCCGCUGCUUUGCGGGAAAUGCGACGUGUGGACGAGGAAAUGCGAAAACGGGAGCGAAUGGAGGCUGAACGUAAGAAGCGAGAACAGGAACUAUCCACGCAACAAGCUGAAGAGGAGCGAAAAGCCAUUGAGGAAUGCGAACGCAUGCACAGUAUUGGAAGCGCUGACAAGGAACGAGGAUUGGUUCAAGAAGAAAUCAUUGCAUUGUCACAAAUGGCUGAGCAACUAAACACGAAAUUUUCAAAUACGUCUAUACCACCGCCACCCAUGCCCGGGACGAAUGUAGAUGCAACGAAAAUGAACGGUCACGCACCAUCUGCAGGGGCGAUCCAUCAACAAAGUAACGAAUCGGUCGACUUAGAUAAUCUAUUUGCAUUUCUCAGUGAAGUACAGCCAACACCGUCGUCAAAGACUUCUAAUCCGGUAUUGGAAGAGAUCGGUGAAAGGAUGGAUAGUUUAGUCAAUGACCUUGAUGUGGAGUUGGAGAAUGUCAUUCAGCAAGAAAUUGAAGGUUUAGCACUGGAGCGACCGACUAAGACACCACCGGUCAAAGGUGUACCAACCUUACCUGAACCCACCAUGCCGCCACCUCCUCCACCUACCACUAACGGAACGUUGACCAAACCACAACCUGUCACAAAACCUAACUUGGUGAAUCACAUAAAAGAUGAACCCAUCUACGAUGCUAUUGUUCCACGACAAGAAGAACUUCAUCCAGUGCCUGAUAUUUCUGACCCAAUGUCGACCUCACUCAUUCAAGAGAAUGGACUAAGUGGUACCGGUCACAAACUAAGACCCAAAAGUCCAGCAGUUGUUAAUGUUGCACGAUCGGCUAGUCCAGUUCAGCGAUCAUCUGGUGGUCCGAUGAGUCCCUCUUCACCAAAACACAGUCGACCUAGUUCGAGAGCUUCAUCAACCGGAACGGGUCACCCCUAUGCUGAACGAGAGCAACGACGCAAACACCGUGUCGAGAAGAAGCUACAGGAAAUGCAACAGGUUGAUGUGUCGGAGAAAGACGCCUUACGCGAUGAUGUCUACUAUGAUAUCCUGGAAUUUGCUGAGAACUAUUUCAAUUCUCAUGAGCGAUCUCCGGAGGGUACCAUUAUGGCUACUUUGACCCGCAAAGGAAAGAAAUCUCCCGAUAUGGUGCCGAAAUACGAAAUGAUAACGUACUACCGUGGUAGCACCAUCCCAUCGUCCCAUAUUCACAUGUAUGAUCCAGAGAACGUGGUCGUUGCUUGUAAUAUUUUCAGGGAUUUAGCGAAAUAUACUCGAGGGGAAUUGAACGCUGAGCGUGAACUUCAGGUUAUUCAAUACAUCAUUGGCCAAGGAAUUGAACGGGAAGAGCUUCGUGACGAGAUUUUUGUACAAUGCAUGCGACAGGCAACGAAUAAUCCACACUCGGAAUGGACAGAUCGUGUUUGGCUAUUGCUUUGCUUAACUAUCGUUGCUUUCCAGCCAAGCAAGUUGCUCUUCAAAUACUUCGUCAGCUUCCUUAAGAAAAAUUUAGAAUCAUUGGACGGUAAAUUGCGACAAUAUGUACAAUGGUGUAUGGAUAAUUGUAAAUGUACGAAAGUGUCACCUCGUUUGUAUCCACCAUCAAGUGUGGAGGUUGCAGCGAUGCGUCGACUAGGCACAAUCGUUUGUCGCUUCUUUUUCUUGGAUGGUCGCACGAAGGCAAUAGAUGUCCAUCCCACGGACACGGCGAGUGAUGCAGUAGCAAAACUAGCAGAGAAACUGAAUCUAGGUAACACAGAUGGCUGGGCAAUAUACCAAUCCCGACCGGAUGGCGAGGAGCAUGUCAAAUCUCACGACUAUCUUUAUGACAUCAUAGCCGCUUGGGAAAUCAAACAAACUAAAAUCCAGACAACUAGCUCUACAAUGAGACGCAAUGCUGCAACUUUAGGAUCGGGCGAGAAUCGAUUCGUUUUCAAGAAGCGUUUGUUCAAGACAACGCGAGAACUCUCUCAAGAUCCUGUUGAAGUCAAUAUGCUGUACGCCCAGGCUGUUUACAGUGUUGUAAAGUGCGACGAUUUUCCUGUAAGUGAAAAAGUGGCUUUACAACUUGCAGGACUACAAGCUCAAGUAGCUCUAGGCGAUCCAUCUAGUCAGCCCAAGCCGGAAUACUACACAGACGUUGCUAACUAUCUACCCGAGCGUAUCUCAAAAACACGAGAAGAACAAUUUUGGGUCCCGAUUCUGGCGCAAGCACAUCGCCAAUAUGGUGCUGGUCGAACGGAAUUGACUGCUAAAGUCCUGUAUCUAAGCUGCGUUAUGCAGUAUCCAUUAUAUGGAACCACAAUGUUCCCAGUGACGUACAGAGGAUAUUGGAGUUACGGCAAUAGCCUCAUUUUAGGUGUGAAUUGUGAAGGAAUUACGUUAAUCAAAUCGGAGGAUAAAUUCGUCUUGUAUGAAUUCCGCUACUUUGACAUCGAAUCCAUAAUGCUGGACCCAAGUGAUUGCUUCAUUACGAUAACGUUGAAUCGUCAAACAAGUACGACAACCACAACCGAACAGCAACGUUGUUUUGUAUUUGAAACCCAGCAGAAAAACGAAAUUGGGUCCCUUAUCAUUUCUUACUAUCCACCUCUGUCGAAUUGGAUUACCGAGAAUGAAGUGCCUACAAAGAAAUCCAAAGGCAUUACGAAUGAGGAUCGCGUUCGAUUGCAUCACAACGUGGUUGUAUGCAGACGGCACUUAGUUGAUGCAGAGAUCCUUCGAAAACCUCAGGACUCAAGUGGAGGCUUCUUGAGAAAUACAUUGAGACGUUUAUCGAAGCAUCGAUUGGAGAAACUACGUGCUGAGCACGGAAGCGCAGUACAAGAUCAUGGGGAAACGUACAAAGGAUUCCCUCACGCUUUCUGGGCAUUCAGCAGGCAACCUUUACCACAAAGUCUAAGUAAACUCCCGGAUCAAGAAGAGCAGGCAAUGAUUCAAGUCUUCCAAGCGAUAUUAACUUAUGCUGGUUUGGGACAAAAUGGUGAUUCAGUUCAACGGGCUGAGGACGAACACAUAACUCUGAUACAAUCCAUCAUGGACCGGUGCAUGCGAAAGGAGUCACUAUUGAACGAGCUCUACCUGCAACUUAUAAAACAAACCACUGACCAUCCUGAUCCGAAUUCUCGAGUGAACCUGCGGCACUGGGCGUUACUAUCCCUUGCUUGCAGUGUAAUCCUUCCUCCCCUAAAAGUGAUAAGGAAAUACCUUAUUGGACACUUGAAACGUUGUGCUAGUGAUUACAUAACCGAAGAAGGAAAAUAUGCUCGAUUUGCUGAAAGGUGUUUAUUCAAAACUCAAGGAACACGUCGCCGACAAUGGCCACCAAGUCGUGAAGAAAUUGUCUGCACAAUAAAUCGUCGACCAAUUUACGCUCGUUUCCACUUCAUGGAUGGACAAUAUCACUCAGUUGAAUUCCAUCCAAGCUCAACGGCACGCGAAGUCAUGGAGCUUGUUAAAAAGAAAAUCGGUCUCCAAGAAAAUGCGCAAGGAUAUGCCAUCUACGAAGUCCUGGGUACUUCGGAACGUAGCUUAAUGCCUGACGAAAAAGUAGCUGAUGUCAUGUCGAAGUGGGAGAAGUACCGAACGGCAGCAGCACAAGCAGUUCAACAGAACCAGCAACUAAGCAACCGCCCCCCAGUCUGUGGCCGACAACACCACAUAUUCUUGUUUAAGAAACAUCUCUUCUUUGACCACUACAUGAAUCUAGACGAUCCAGUCGAAAAGGAGCUUCUUUAUCAUCAAGUCUUAUAUGGUUUGCGCAGCGAACGUUUCCCCAUUACAGAAAUGGAAGCAAUAAUGUUGACGGCUCUUCAAGGACAACUGGAACUUGGAGAUUGUGCAGAAGUUUUACAGGAUUAUAGACCGAUUGCAAGUCAUUGUCUUCCACAUCGAUUUGUGCCGAAUAUUCCUCAUGAAGCUGUUCAUAUGCACCAUCAGAGCUUAAGGGGGAUGAGUCAAGCGGAGACGAAAAAGUCCUUCUUAAACUUGAUACAGAGUUGGCCAUUGCAUAAGGCUACGAUAUUUGACGUUAUGCAAUCGUUCACAUCGAAUUGGCCGCGUGUACUUUGGUUGGCUGUUGAUCAGAACGGAAUCCACUUACUAGAACACCGGUCGAGAAACACCCUAUGCACAUACGAAUAUUCAUCGAUAAUCUCUUACUCACCGAACAUGAAUUGUUUGAUGAUAAUCACAGGAUCCGAUAAGAAACAAUCUAAGAUCAUAUUGACAACAGCCCAGGCCUUCCAAAUAGCGAAUCUCAUACGUGAAUAUUCGGAAGUCCUGCAAUCUGCAGCAGCAGCUGCCGCUUCAGUUACACCGGAUGAAGGAUCAAAAGAGCUCCCGCCACCGCCUGUUCCUGAUCAUGCAACCCCCAUACUCAAUGGACAGCCCAUUAAGCAAAAUCAUUUGGUUGAUGUUCGAAAAUCAGCGUCUCGUCCACAAUCGGUGAUUCGUCCCUCAGGUGCGGCACUGGUAUCACCACAACCCAGCUAAUAUACCUUUUGGGACAGGAUCAGUCGAAAAAAGCAACGCUAGCGCUUAUUCGAUAUGCCUGCAAGCAUGGGACAUGUGUAAGAGGCAGAUAAUGCUCGGAAGAUUUAAGAUUUUUUUUGGGCUUGAAAAGUGAAAUUCACCAAAGAUGACUCGACAAAAUUCUAGGAUAUU